UGGGUUGUCCAUUUGGCGCCUAAAUCUCUCCCUCAAUUUGCCUCACUAUAUUAGGGUUUCACAUUCAAAUUGAGUUUUCAAAUUAUUGAGGGACAAUGAGACGAAGAUUCAAAUCAAAAACUGGAUUUCCACUUACCAAGACAACCGGAGACAUCGCUCGAAAUCGUGGAUUCCAGAAGCCGUCUGAAUUGAAUAAGGCCAAGAGAGUGAGAUUAGCCGAUGCUGAAACAGAUGCUUCUUCCGGAGGCCAUGAAGCAGAUCAGUCUCCGAGAUGUGGUGCCCCCAAGACUUCAGAAUAUGCAUAUUUUAGAAAAGUGAAGGAUGGUGCUGCUAAUGGUCAUUUCCGUGCACUGCAUAAAGAAAAUGAACAGUUGAAGAGCUCCAAAAUCAGUUACCUUCUUAGAGAGACUAAUAAAGAAUCUGAAGAGCUUGGUCCUGACAUUAAAGGUUUCAACUUAUCCAUUUCAGGAGAAAUUGCAGGGCCAUCUGGCCGUAAGCUUUUCGUUUCACCUCCUGUCAAUAGAUAUGAUGAAUCUAAUGAGUUUAGAAGGAAAGAGCUGACUCACAAGACCAAACAAAGGUCAUCAUUGCUUACUGAGACUGCUACACCUGUCGGACAAUGUCUGUUCUCGUCACAGCUGAAUCAAGCAACAGAGAAGUCAGAGAAUCAAUGCCUAGAGAAAGGAUUAUUUUCUGAAAAGAGAAAGAGAUUACGCCAGUGGGUUAGUCAUACUACAUCUUCUGAAGUUGAAAAGCUCCAUCAAAAAGAGUCUGAUUUGGUUUCUUUCCUCUUGUCUCGGCUGAUCCCUAAGGUGAAUGAGAACAAUGAUUCAUUAAAAGAAGAUGCUGAUAAAAGUAGUAAAUCCCUCACAAUGUGUGAGUCUGAAAAUGUGGAGAAGGGACUUUCUUUGUCCCACAAAAGCAACUGCCAUAAGGAACUCCCAAAAGUUUCGUCUGAAAGAUCAAGUGAGAUUGUACUCAGAGAAUGGGAUGGGUUUGACUCAGGAUUUACUACCAAUUGUCGUGAAGAGGAUGGUCUUCAAGAGACCAUGGAUCGUUGUGGAAGAUCAAGUGAGAUUAUACUCAGAGAAUGGGAUGGGUUUGACUCUGGAUUUACUUCCAAUUGUCGUGAAGAGGAUGAUCAUCAAGAGACCAUGGAUCGUUGUGGAGGAUUAAGUGAGAUUGUACUCAGAAAAUGGGAUAGCUUUGACUGUGAAUUUCCUUCCAAUUAUCAUAAAGAGGGUGAUCUUCAAAAAACUAUGGAUCAUUGUGGAAGAUCAAGUGCGAAUAUACUCGAGCAAUGGGAUAGCUUUCACCCUGGGUUUCCUUCCAAUUUCCAUAAAGAGAGUGAUCGUCAAAACAAAACCAUGGAUCCUGAUCAACAUUUAAACAGUCGUAUAUGCAAUAGUUCUGACCCACAGCGUGGUUAUUCUUUCUGCUUACCUUUUGAAAGCUUUAGAUCCCUGGGUGCAUUUCAUUUCAAAGAUCUUGAUGAAUUUGGUCCUAUAUUUAGGCAUGGAAGAGAGGAACCUUAUAGUAACUCACUGGAAUGGAAUUCUGGAUUGGGAAACGAUAGAGUUGAUCGUGGUACCGGGCAGGGAAUAGUAGAUAAUGUGCUCGACACCAAAGGAUUUUGCCCCUCGCCUAUAUUGUCAAGCCAUUGUUUAUUCAACCCAUUGCCAAAUUAUGUUUCAACUGGCUGUUUAAUGCACGAGGUUCAACAAAAUUUCGAUGAUGUGAAGUAUCGAAUGGUGAAACCAGGACGAUUUUCUGUGUCUUUUCCCUGCAGUCCAAAAUGCAUCCCUUUGGCAGAGGACAAAAAUGCAGACCAUGUUCUUGCUAACAGCAACAUUAUAUUGCCUUACAGAGAACCAAGAUGGCCUAAGAAGGUCUGGGAUUGCACACCUGAUAGCGAGUUUUGGGGGAAGUGCUCGUCAGCUCCAGAAUUCUCCACAGAAGAUCAUCCAUCGGUUUUUCAUGCUUGGCAGUUUCCACAAAAUGAGAAUGCUUCGUAUUCCCUUUCUUUGCUGGAGGAAGCCCCUGGAGAAUCAUUUACUUCUUUCUGUGAAGGUUCAUUCGACCACUGUCCUUUUUCCUCUACUCUUCGUUCACCUCUUGAUACAUUCAUGAACUGCCCUUUGUUGCUCAAUCAUGUUAGCCAGGAUAGCGAUGAUGAAGAACUAUAUUUUGAUUAUUAUGACAAUGAAGUGGGAUACAGAAAUAUGCUCUAGAUGUAUAUAGAUUAUAGACUGAUCUCUUUUGUAAGAUUGUUAAUGCAAAAAAUACCGUUGCUUUUGGAAA